AUGGCUGGAGGAAAUAUCAGGCUAGUGUGCCCCCCUGGAGCUCUUGACGAUUCCUUGUCUGUAACCAUAACAUUAGAGGAUCCGUCUAAGUACUACAGUUUGAUAGUUCAAAAGGAUCUGGAAAAUGACGUUAAUAUAGCUGCACCCAUCGUUAAUCUACAACCGAAUGGCCAUUCUUUUAGGAAACCUAUAAAGCUGACAACUAGUUUUAGAAACAUGAAUUGGAAAUGGCACGGAGAUGAUGUUUUCAUUUUGCAUGGCACUGAAGCUAGAGAUGGAAAGGUCAGCUGGCAAGACAUCACUAAGAGUUCAAAGAUUAAUGAGGCAGCCGGAGAAGUUGAGGUUGAACUGAAACAUUUCUCACUCAUUAUGGUUCUGUUACGUUGGACCUUGAUACGUAGUAAAGACAUUCUGUCCAGAUUUGAUUUGCUGUCGUUUGAUUACACGUUACUGGUGCUGUUGAACAAGACGAGUCCCUCAUCUGCACACGACAUGCUUGCUCUACUUUUCGUGAGCCAAGACGUUUACCACGAACAAUUCUACAGAGAGGACGAGACUUCAGCUUUGGUACAGCUUAAGAAAGAGGGUUUUAUAGAGGUACAUGAACAUGCCACUGACAGACUGGAUAAAAAGCGAAUUUACAAUCAUGAAAACCUUCAAGUUAGUAUUCAACUCGGGGAAGACUACAGACUCUCUGAUAGCCAGCACAGAAGUUUUAGUUUCGGUGUAGAUUCCUUGGUUUGGUGGAAUGGAGGAAAGGUAAUCAAACUUCCUCUGGAAUGGAGAAACGAAGUGAGAUAUCUCUGUGGGACAAUCAGCGUGAAUGGAGAAAAUGGGCACGCGAGCAAGAAGCAUUUUAGUGAAGGAGGUAAAUUUGUUAGGUGCUUUAAUAAUGACUGUUUAUUAAGUCUCAUUGCAGCAAUAUACAGAAUGGCUGAAUUACCGAGCUAUUUACAAAACAUAUAAUACUAAAAUAUAAUACAAUAAAUCCAAUAAAUACUAGAAAAUAUAAUUGUACAAGCCACUAGGUAUACCUAUGCGUGACAAACUCUUGCGUGCGCUUGGUCCUACAGGUAGGACGUUUGGAGCGGCUAAUGCCAGAUCUAACAUUAUAAUUAUGAACAACCUCCUCCUGUUUGAGGAGCAUAAAAUGCAAGGGGUGAUUCUCAUUCCGGAGUCUAUCAAUAUAAACCUGGCAUAGAUGGGCGCGUCUGUCACUUAGAGUUGUUAAAUUAAGGGCAUUUAAUGCCUCGUUGUAAUUCAUUAAAGGAAAAUGAUGCGCAUAGCCCUUUUCUGAAUGCUCUCAAUCUUAUAAGAUAGAAAAUCUGGUAUAUUUUGCCAGACAGGGGCAGCAUAUUCUAGAACAGGACGAACGAUGGUUGUAUAAACCUUAGCCAGUGAAGCUGGAGGUGCACCACAUUGCUUAAGGACCCGUAAAGAGUAAAGCCUCCUGUUUCCCUUUUGCACUAUAACUUCUACAUGAUGGUUCCAUUUCAGGUCAUUAUGACUCUCUCAACUGUAUUACUACCAAUUACAAUAGGAUUCACAAUAGAAUCGCAUAAUUGAGUAAAAUCUCGCAUUCUGGUUGGUUAACGAAGCGAGGUAUUUAGUGUGGAAUUGCGAGAUGAAAACGAGGCUAAGCAAUAUUGUUUCGCAUCUACGUAACAACUAUCGUCAAAUUCUAACACAGCAACUGCAAAAAAGGUUUUCUACAAUGUCGUUUUAAAAUGUUUUGAAAACCAUUGUCACCUUUUGAAGAGUUAAAAGCAAACAAAAGCAUUUUUUUAUAGUGAGCCGGAUGUUCUUCCUUGUUUUGAACUGAACUACAAGUUCUCGAAGAGGCACAAAAAACCUCUUUCGCUCGCGACAACGAGAAAACAAGAAAAUCUUGUGAACACGGCCCAGAAAAUGGCAAGCCAAAGUUCAACCAAACAAAACGGAGAAGCGACAACGGAGGAAGUGCCGGGUCGAUUGUCACAUAUACAGAAGAAGAAAUAAAUACCUUCAAAGACGACAUGGCCCCUCAGUGAAAACACGAAAAAGAGUACGCCGCUUGCAAUCGUUCAGUAUAACAGUAUACAAUAGAUGGCGGUGGUGCCUAAAGAUCCUCCUUAUCUUAGUCUCCAUAGUUAAUCUUUAAAACAUGAAUUAAAUGCGAUUCUCGCGAACGAAACACACGUAAGUCUAUUCAUUUAUUUGACCACUCAUUCACUCACUAUCGUAACCUUUACUUUGGACUCUUACCUCCGACCUUGACGCAAAAUAGGGGUAAACAUAUCAUUUAAUAAAUUGUCUCCAAAAAAUUGUAGUGACACGACUAGGUGACCCCUCUUAUGCCAGUCGAGCAUCUUCGUCAAAUUCUUUAGGCCAGUUAUUUAAACGUACAUUGUAGUUAAGCCAAUGUUUAACUAAACCUCGUUUUAAGCCAUUUUCAAUGUACCCAACGGUUUUAUCUAAAAAAGCCAUAUAAUGAAUAACUUAUUAACCUCGUCCGUUCGGUCUUUUUUGGCAGGGACAUCUCAGACCUCGGCGUUGAUGUAUUGACCUCGCCAUUGCUUGGUCAAUAUAACAAGGCCUCGGUCUGAGAUGUCCCCGUAAUGACCUCACUCUCGCUUAACAAGUGGUAUGUUAUUUUUUCACAGAUCUGUGUAAUUAUGUAAGGAAGUUACUGGGUAUGGAGGGGAACAUCUUUAACGUCGUAACCAUUGCAAGGCUGCUUGAGAUGCCUGAAGAGUUAAUGCAUCAAGUCACCAGUUCUUGGGAGGACGACUGCGAGCAGUUGAACCUCUCUUUGCAACACUGGUUGGAGAAGAGUGCUGGAGUAGAAAAUCUUUCUUCUCUCAGAAAGUGUCUGGAGGGCAUAAAUCAAGAAGGUCAGUGGUGUUUCAAGCGGACUUGCGGCGCAAUGGCUGGUUUUUUUUUAAAUUAUUUUAAAGAUAUCUAAAUUUGUUACUUAGUUUAUUAGGAUCGGUGACACGAAAUUUAUCAAAAUCCAGACAGUUGAAACCGCCACCAAACUGAGUGAAAUAUAAGAAUAACUUCUCAAGCAAUGAACAGAAGGUAUAAAUAACACUGCAAAUACAAAAGGAGGCACGGAUGGACAAACUUGAAGAGGAAUGAAACGGAUUGAAAUAGUGGCUGAUGGGUUUGGAAACUUGUUAGCGUAAACGUUUUUCAAAGUUCAAUUUUGUUUUUUGUAACAAUAUGUUUGAAGACAUUUGUCUGACAGGAGCUGUGAUUUUGUCAUUCACAAUUAAUUUCGCACGUUUCUAUAGCCAAUAUGGAUGCGUUGCUGUCAUUAAUUAUUAACAAAAUGAACAGCCGUGACACAGUCCCCUUAAGUAACCCUUAAGACCUUCCUGUAUCCUUUCUGGACCUAAAUUUCAAAAAGGCGCCCAGUUCCUAGUAGAGGAAACAGUUUACCAAUUUUAUUCUGUGAUAUUCUUUUAUAAUACUCACUAGAAUACAAUGUAACAUCAAGAGGCCAGAUGCACAUCAGGCGCUUGAGAAAACUUGCCACCAAGAUAACUGACUUACAACUCGUUAACACAGAUUUAGUGAGGUAUUUUUCACGUAAAACUACAAUUCUUUGCAACUCUGUGUUGAGAGACUGUUGCCUGGAGUUGAACCAGGAUAAAGCCUUUUCAUCUUCCAAUAAUGCAGAUCCUUUAGUCAAACAAUUCAUCGAGAAUCGUCAACCAAUGCCAGAAGAUAUUUCUACAAAAUAUAAACUGGUGUGUUCACCGUCAGAUGAAUCGAGGACCAGCAUUUUCCUUGCCAUUGUUCCCCAUCUCAUUCAAACCAUCAAGGAAAUCUUUGUUGACCGUAAGAGGCUUGUUCCUCAUAGUGGCUUGAUUGGACUUCGUGAGGACAACGUAAAUCAGUUGUUGACAAGCGUUUUGAAUGCUCGACAAAACAACAGAUUCCGGGAUCUUGUGUAUGUGGAGUGCAAAAUUCUGGAGAAGUUGUGCCUGAAGAAUCACAACAAGAAGCCUGUUGCAGAAAUUACAAAGUGGAGCGAAAGUCUUGCCAUUGAGCAAAUGCUCAACUUUCUAGAGCGGUUUUUCAAGCACUGCCUACACGACAUAAGGCUACACAGAAGAUUAGAAAUUUUUUCUUGCCGCCUACGAGACACAUUGUUGACCGACGACAAGGAAGUAGAUGAAGAUUACAUGCAAGAUUUUGCCAACAUUUUAUUGAGUCUCGUUGAUUUUGCCAAGUUUGAUCCUUCAAAACUGGUGAGAUUUGAGCUAAUUGAUUCGAAAAACUCCACAUUGUCCAGUACCUCGUCUGAUGUUGAGAACGUGGUGCACGACGAGUAUGACGACACAUACUCUCAAACGUUCAGCAUCAAGAAAGUAUCGGAGGACGAGCUUCAACUGAGAGCGGCUGCAUGUGUGCACAUGUAUGGAUCAAUGCGCAAGAUAGGGGCAUUCCAGUCAAUUAUUAUGCUGAAUCGAUCUGGCAUGGAUGCAUUUAACAGAUGCAUGAGUCGCUUCGCUCCAGCUGACAUUGCGGUAAUGAAAAUGGAAGCCGAAAACGAGCAUUCGGGAAAAACAGUUCUUUAUGCUUCACAAAAGGAGAAGCUAUCAGAAUUGAUACAGAUCUUCAAACGAGAACUGAGUGAAGACAUGGUAGACUUGAGUCACUCAGAGGUCUGUCAGUGUUACCUUUCAAUGCGAUGUAUUGACGUCACGAAAGAAAAGGUCCUAAGACUCCGUCUAGUGUACAAAUGGGGUUCGGAGGCAGUCGCUCUGGACAGUAACGACUUUGUGACCUUUUCCGAUUGCUCAACUGGCGGCGCCUGUUUACCAGAAGUAAAAAGUUUUGGUAAGUUUGAGUCGUUUAUUAUUUGUUUCUGUUUAUCCCACCCUAAAUCGCGUCCAUAAGUUCAAUAAAUCCUUUCUUUGUUGCGUGCAGCGUUCGAAUGGUCAAUAUUUUUAACACAUGUUCGAUACUCGCAGGCUAUUAUACAUUGUAAUCAGUGUCUAUCCAUCUUACUGGCUUGGGGCCUACAGUUAAUUCUGAACAUCAGUGCACCCUUAAGAUAAUUCAGUUUUCUACUACUAGAUACAACUGAAUAAUCUAAGUUGCGUGCGCAAUGCAUGAGUACCAAAAAUGAUGCCAAGUCGCGUUUGGCGAUUGGCACUCAAUAUUACAAGGUUCUAUUUCAAUCGGGAAUUCUUUUGUUUCCAAUAAACUCCUUACGAAAGCUGUAUCGUUCUUGCAAACUUUUAAAGGACUCCGGCAUGCAUGCGUGAAAACAACGGGCAAAAGGAGGCUUGAUGUUGGGGUAGACGGCCAUGGUAACGCUCGAAUCGUUUUCAAAUCCCUGCUUAAGGCUGAUUAAAGUGGGAAAAAAAAUGUGUAUCCUAUCUUGAAAAAUUCCUUCCUCGUGGAAGAGUUAGCUAUAAGAAGGAACGCGAGACUAGGCAAAUGCUGGAAGAAGGGAGGUAUAAGAAGACAGGAAGGGAAAGAGGGGAGAAUAGGGCAUCACCUUAUAAUCUAACUUGUGAGAAAAACAUUUCUUUCACUCAGGUUUGGACAACUCACUUAUGUCUGAAGAUUUCGAAGGGCUCUCACUGACUUCUGUUGGUGGCAAAUUUCCCUCGACUUCUUUUGAUGAGUUACAGAAACACGGCAGUGCGCAUUGCGAGAAAAUCGGUAACGAAAAAGUGCUCUUCUUUAGUUCUGUAGAUUUCCUCAUAACUCUAAAACAAACGUCGAACGUCUAGUACUAAGUUCAGAGUACAGUUGAACCUCUUUCAGGGGACACCCUUGGGAGCAAGACAAGUGUCCUCUGAAUAGAGGUGUCCAAUGUUCUCUGAACUAAGUACUAAAAGACGUUCGUUUUAGAGUUAUGGGUUGGGGUUUGUUAAUAAUUAACCAACAGAUAGAAUAUUUUUCUUUUAUUCUGCCUCGGGAAUCUGCGGCAGUAGUUGUUUAAAGCGGCUAGAAAGUGAUAUUUAAAAAUCGUGAAUAACUUAUCUCUACGAUCUUUUGUGUUGAGUCCCCAAAGGUGCAGUACAUCGAUUUGAGUGAGAUAAUUCAUGUUUUGAAAGUUCUCACCAUUGUGACUAAUGAACACGUUUAACUGACUUAUCAACGAUUUUUGUGGUCAGUCCCUUUUUGAAUGCUGUAAUGUGUCCCCUGAAUGGAGGAUAAACCCGGAUUUGGGGCCCAGAAAAAGUCUCCCUUUCCGCUGAAAUUUGAAGUUUUCGAAGUCUAUUUUCUCGGACUCCCAUGUGAUCCUUUUCUUCGGAUAACUUAUUACAUUUAUAGCCCUAGAAAAGUGUAAAAAAGAAUGCAAUAUGCGUGAAAUUAUUCUGAAAAUUAUUCAGAAAAUCAACGUUUCUCAAUUUCCUAAUGAAUUCCGUCUUAAGCUUUAGGGAGAAAUAUAUAGAUAAUUUCAGAGAGAUCCUGAUGGCAUGCCCUCCUCCACGUUUAGUCUUCCUACAAGUACUUUUUUUCUCAUCAGCUGGUAAAAAUUUAUAGUAGUUUCUUACAACGUGAGGAUAAUUAUUUCUGUCAGACGAAUGAAAAGAGAUGUUUGUUUCGUAAUAAAAAGUUUCAGUUACGUGAGGUAUCACAGAGAGUUUUAUCGGUUACGAAAUUAAUGAUUUCUAGAUGGUGGUGGGAUAUAUGUUAAAUAUGUGAUGACUCUUGUUUCAGAGUAUCACUUACAUCAGACAUUUAACCAAGUGACAAGCCCGCACACUUGUGUGAUAGGCAACCAAGCUACUGUGAAUGAUCAGAUGCCAAACCAAAGGUAAAUAUCGCCUGGAGCUAAAUACAAAGGCAGUAGUCAGUAGUAUUCUGAUACCCUUUUUGUCGGUAAGAGAUGUAAUAAACGAUUAAACGCGUGGCGCUUAUGUAACCAACUUGAGUUGCCUAUGAAUGCAAAGAGUAUCUCAGCCUUUUGCCGAAUUGACACUUAAAGACGAAUUAUGCGAUAGAUGCCGCGCAAGAUUCAGGAUUUGGCUCUGGGACCGGCAAUAUUACUCCGAACUGAAUUUCACCCUUAGCUUUAAUUCCGUCAGUACAACAUUUUAAGAACAGGCUUAUUGAUGAUCAGAGUCAGUAUCGACCAGCUAAUUAGCUCAUGGGUCAAAUAGUGCUCUUGUCAAUUCCUUUCCUUUCCUUUUCUUUCUAAUGGAUCAUUCUUGUGUAUUUGGACUUACCUUUUUUCUUACCAUCGAUUAUGUUUUGCCAAAUGUUGAUGCAUGUAUUUUUUUAAAAGGCAGUCACUGACAUUGUCGUUGACCGAUGUUUUGGUCUCUUUUACUUCAGUUUUACUGUACUAGGCGCAUUAACGUCUAUUAAAUUACGCCUAAUUGCACUGAGUGAGCCCUUUGGCUAAAAAGAGUGACGCUUGCAACUGCAAUCGGCGACAAAAUUGUUGAGACAUUGUACUUAAAUAGGGUGACUUCGGAGAACAAAAGAAUCCGCACCCCUCCCCUGUCACCUCCAUUCAAAGUUGGGGUGUUUGUUGUUUUCUAUAGGUAGCUAGAACAAGGGCACAACAUUGCACGUAGGGGAUGGGGGAGGAAAGCUAUAUUUCCUCCUUUUGAAGUUCAUAAAACGUAAAAAAGCCCACUUUUGGGCGAAGUGUCUCAACUCAUUUUGUCGCCGAUUGUCGGAACCGAAAUCUUCGCGCUGUUGUCCUAUUAGCACCGGUUAGGAGACGGUAACUAGUUGAGAUUACUAUAUUCACCGGGUCGUUUUUCAGAAGAUAGAUAAGAUACCCAUAUAAUCCGUUUCCUGUGUUUUUCGAGGGAAAAUUAGUUUUGACAAUCUUUGUACUCAGUAGUGAUUUCAAGUAAUUACGCAGCAUACCCACGUACAGAAUGAUUGAUUUUCCUCUGGUAACUAAGUGUGAUCGGUAGGAAUCGAUGGCAGAUAAUAUUUUGUAUUUGAAUAUAUCCCUAGUAAGUUGGAAGUGUUUAUUCGAAGUUUGGCUAUUUGAUAAGGGUGGGAUGGACGAUAAAAUAGCCAUGAUUGCUAUGCGCAGGAGAAUGUUCAGGAAAACUGUUCCAACUUCUAAUGCACAGCUAAGCUGCAUAGCAUCGCUAAAUCUGUGCAGCAGAUUCGUUGCCCAUAUACCCAUAAGGGUCUUUGAAGAAUGUACUUUACAGUAGAAACUAUGAGGUCAGGAGGAGACUGGCCACGAGUAACCACGAGUAACCAACUUUGUUCAAAAAAGAUAAUUAGAUUAUUAAUCUUUUAUACUCAUCGUGGUUACUCGUGGUUACUCGUGGAAAUUCCUCCUAAAGAGCAAUUUUAGCCAUUAUAACUACUUUAAUGCCUAGAAAUCUAUUAAGUUUUCUAUCCUUUUCACUUUGUUGUUUGUUUCGAUGCGUUUCGAUAAAGGAGAGAAUAAGAAAUCGUGCCCGACACGCCACGUCGCACGAUGUCAAGGCACGGUUAAGCGUGACACGAAAUGUCACGCACUGAAAAUAAUGAAAUCGCCUCAUUCUAAUUGUUCUAAAAUAGGUAUGAUGAAGUCAAACAUAACAAAUAAAAAGCCACCAGGGGUCUUACAUCCCAGCAUAAAAAAAAUGAAUUCAGUUAACUUUCUAAAGGACGUACGGCCACUUUUGAGAUUCAGACAAUCGGCGACAAAAUUGUUGAGACAUUGUACUUAAAUAGGGUGACUUCGGAGAACAAAAGAAUCCGCACCCCUCCCCUGUCCCCUCCAUUCAAAGUUGGGGUGUUUGUUGUUUUCUAUAGGUAGCUAGAACAAGGGCACAAUAUUGCACGGAGGGGAUGGGGGAGGAAAGCUAUAUUUCCUCCUUUUGAAGUUCAUAAAACGUAAAAAAGCCCACUUUUGGGCGAAGUGUCUCAACUCAUUUUGUCGCCGAUUGUGGUUCCGGUUACAAUACAUUUCCCGGGUACAUUAACAUUUUGUUAUGAAUUAUUUCUUUCCUUUGCCUUCACUUCACUGUAGACAUUCACUGUGAAAAGGACUGUAUCUUCGUGCGGGGCCCUGCUGAAGGCAGCGUCUGCUGUCAUUAGGUACUAGACGUUGGCGAACCGUAUUAAAUAGAGGUCUCUAAGAGUGGCAGGGUCUUGCUAAAAGUUACCAUACUUAACUGCGGUCAAACGUGACAAAUUUACAAAAGCUAAGGUUGUAAAUUUUAAUCUGCUGCCAAUUUACUAAACUUUUUAGGGGUUUCCUCGAAACGUUCAAAGUGUGUGAGAACUGAUCCGGCUUUUCUGUUGCUCAACACGUCACAAUUUUACUCCGGCAAGAAGCGUUUUCAACGAAAAGAAGCUCAUUGUAUUGAGAAAAAUGCAAGGAUAGUUAAAUCAACUCAUUCUUUUUGACAUUCUUGGAUGCGCUUGUUUUCACCUAGUGUAAAAUAAAAUCCCACUGAACAAAAAAAGCGCCUUGGACCUUUGACCGUGGUGGAUACCAUACUUGGCUAAGAACGGAGAGUGAAAAAAGCAAACUAAAACUUGGAAACGUUGGACCAAAGUCAACUUUAACAGAGUUCUCUAAGAUAAAUCGCUGAAACCGUGUCUGUAACGGUUUGUCCCAAGAUUGGUGGACGAAUUUUUUUAAGACUUCUCCUUGUUGUUUUAAGGUGAAGGUCAUAUAGUGCGUCAAAAUUCUAGCGUAGUUUACACGCAAACCUGGAAGGGUACUCAUAGAUCGUUCUUUUUAAUUAGUUUGACUAGUAAUUUGUCUCAUAUCUUCUGUUUGUCUACAGAGCUCUCCCGGAGGGUUUGAAUUGCUCUCCUAAGAGAUCCAUUACUGAAGGAAGGAGAUCUUCACUAGAAGAAGAAGAUUCUAAAGACAGAUUAUGA